GAUGGAUGGAUGGAUGGAUGGAUGGAUGGAUGGAUGGGUGGUACUACCGAAAAUGUUGAGUCUGUAGCUAAUAGAGUUCUAUUGUUACUGUAUACCUCCUGCACCAAUCAGGUCAUAGACGUAACCAUGGGCGAUGGCGACGGUGAGGACGACGAGCGUAGCGUGCUAGAGAACGGCGACUGCGAGGUGGCGCAGCAGACCAGUGACAUCACCUUCAGCACCAACAUAAACCCCGCCCCCGGCCUGAGGAAGAAACAGCUGCUGUGGCAAAACGCCGUCAGAAACAUCAUCGACCAGCAUAACCUGUACUCAUUGAGGCUCGCCGGAGGCCUGGAGAGAGGGAGACACCGCAUCACCGUCACCGACGCCUACAUCGCUGACAUCAACAGGCAAAUCCGCAAUAAGGCGUCUCGCGGAGCAUUCUGGCAGAAGCGGCGCUCGUCCGCAGCUCGUAUCCACCCGACGACGCCGAGGAUCACCGCAGCAGCACAGACAAAAUACGACUCUCUCGGCGAUGCUGAUUUCUUUGUAUCAUGGGGAUCGACAGUGCGAGGCGUCUUCAUUCCCGCGCUGCAACACACAUUCAAGUCUGCAGAUCUGGAGCAGCUGUACCAGCAGUUUUCCUCCGGUCAGAGAAGAACGUCUCUGGUCGUCACCAACGUCAUCGACGUCCUCACCAGGCUCCUCAUCUCGCUGCUGACAUGGCCGCCAGGCUGGGGGGAUGUCGCCUCUGAUUGGCUGACCGGCCUGUCUGUCGUCCUGUGGGCGGGGAUCUGCGUGCUGGCUCUAACCAGGAGGGAGGUGAUGUCGUCACCGCAGUGGCUGAGGUACCUGUCUGUGGUCAGCUGGUUGUCUCAGACCGUCCAGGUGUUGGUCGGUGUGUUCAGCUGGGCGGAGAGCGAUCACUCCUGGUACGUCUUCUUCACCCUGUUCUCCACCUACACCCUGCUGCCCCUCCCCCUGCUCUGGUCCAUCGUCGCCGGGGCAACCACCUCCACCCUGCACCUGGUGGUGGACUUCUGCUGUCACUAUGGCGACCACACCUUCAUCAGGAAGAUGUUGUCGAAGGCACUGUUGUACCUGGCCAUGAACACGGCCGGCCUCUUCAUCCACUACCUGUCGGACCGGACUCAGAGACAGGCUUUCCUGGAGACCAGACGCUGCAUCGAGGGACGAGUCCGACUGGAGAGAGAGAACCACAGACAGGAGCGUCUGCUGAUGUCCAUCCUGCCUCGUUUCCUGGUCCUAGAGAUGAUCGCCGACAUGGCCACGAUGGACGAAUAUGUGCUGCCUCAGCAGUUCCACAAGAUCUACAUCCACCACUACAAAGACGUCAGCAUCCUGUUCGCAGACAUCAUCGGCUUCACUUCCCUCUCGCUGAUUCUCUCGGCUCAGGAUCUCGUUAAAACUCUUAACGAACUCUUUGGCCGCUUCGACAGGCUCGCCGAGGAGCAUCAGUGUUUGCGUAUUAAGAUCCUGGGUGACUGUUAUUACUGCGUAUCAGGAGUCCCAGAGCCUCAGAGAGGACACGCUCGCUGCUGCGUGGAGAUGGGCCUCAGCAUGAUCAACACUAUACGCUAUGUUCGUCGGGAGCUGCAGCAGGAGGUGGACAUGAGGAUCGGAGUCCACUCUGGUUCGGUUCUUUGUGGCGUUCUGGGUCUUCAGAAGUGGCAGUUUGACAUCUGGAGCUGGGACGUCGACAUCGCCAACAGUCUGGAGGCUGCAGGAAUGCCAGGGCAGAUCCACAUCUCUCGGGCCACCCUGGACUGCCUGGGGGGCCUCUAUGAGACGGAGGCGGGACACGGCCAGGAACGCAACGAGUUUCUGCGCAAACACAACAUCGACACGUACCUGAUCCGCCCAGCGCCACGGGAGGAGGCCGAGCCGCCGAAAGCGAGGCGGCCGAGUUACGACGAGAUGACGACCUGGAGCGCAGAGCUGCCGUUCGGAGACAUCCUGGGAAUGAACUUCAUCCUCGCCACGUUCACCAAUGGCUCGCUGACCCAGCUGCCCAAUCAGAUCGCGGCUCAGAGGUCAGGAUCACGAGAGGUCAACAAGAGGAUCCGGCAGGCCAUGGAGGUUCGGAGCAGUGAGCGAAUGAGGAAGGAGCACAUCACCACCUUCACUCAGGUGUUCAAGGACUCCUACAUGGAGGGAAAGUACUCCCAAAUGAGAGAUGAACUCUUCAAGUCCAACAUGGUUUGUUCUUUCAUCCUGCUGCUGCUGCUGAUGGCCGUCCAAGCUCUGAUCCCCGCCCCACGGUGGUGUCCAAUGGUUGCUCAGUUCAUAAUCAGCAGUAGUGUUUACUCCCUGCUCCUGUUGCUCACUCUGGGGGAGGAGUUUAAGUGUUGCCCCGCCCCUCUUCAGUCACUCUGUUGCUGGAUUCAUGAAACCAAGAGUGCCCGGACGCUGCUCACGCUCACUGCCAUCACCGUCAACUUUGGAGUUGCCUCCUCAGACAUCCUGUGGUGUGAUUCGUCAGACACUCACAUUAACAGCAGUGACUCCCUGCUGGCUCCGCCCACCUCCACCUGGCCUGACAUCAACAUCUGUACGAAUCCAGAGUACAUGGUGCUGAGCGGCGUGGUCGCCAUGGUUACCUGUACGGUGUUCCUCAGGUUGAGUUGUGUGUUGAAGCUCGCCGUCCUCCUGUUGGCCGCCGCCCUCUACACCUACCUCAUGGAGACGCACAGGUCUCAUCACUUGUGUAGGAACGGAGUUUGUGUCGUUCUCAUGGUGAUGUUUGUGGUUGCUGUUCUCUACAACAGCAGACAGCUGGAGGCGACGGCCCGGCUGGACUUCCUGUGGCGCCUCCAGGCGAGGAAGGAGGUGGAGGACAUGAAGGAGCUGAGGGAGCACAACGAGUGUCUGCUGCUCAACAUCCUGCCCGCCCACGUCGCCCAGCACUUCCUGGAGAGAGAUCGCGACAACGAGGAGUUGUACUCGCAGUCGUAUGAGCGAGUCGGCGUCCUCUUCGCCUCCCUGCCGGGUUUCUCCGACUUCUACGAGCAGAAGGAGCUCGUUCAUCAGCACGUUGAGUGUCUCCGCCUCCUCAACCACAUCAUCACCGACUUCGAUGAGCUGUUGGAGGAGUGUUAUUUCCAGGAGGUGGAGAAGAUUAAAACCAUCGGUAGUUCGUACAUGGCAGCGUCUGGUCUCUCUCCUGACAGACAGGAGUGUGAGGACGGCUGGCAUCACCUCAGUGAGUUGGUCCUGUUCGCUCUGGCCAUGCAGGAAACACUCAAACACAUCAACACACACACAGGAAACAACUUCCAGCUCAGAGUCGGUAUCGCUCACGGUCCCGUGAUCGCAGGUGUGAUCGGUGCCACCAAACCUCAGUACGACAUCUGGGGGUCGACGGUGAACAUGGCGAGCAGGAUGGAGAGCACGGGAGUCAGCGGGAGGAUACAGGUCCCAGAAUCAACCAGCUGUAUUCUGGUGGAGCGAGGAUUCCUACGGCAACUCAGAGGGAACAUUUACGUCAAAGGCAUCAGUGAACGCCACGGCAAGAUUCGGACGUUUUUCAUGAGCAGUCGGGAGGAACGGUCGAGUUUCAUGGAGCGCGGCGGUGGGCGGGGCUUCAGUCUGAACAGGAACACGCUGGGAGCUGUGGUCUACAGUCUGGUCCAGGCCAGGAAGAGAGAGAAACUGAGGGAGGAGAACGGAGGGUUUCACCUGGUGGAGGCUUCGUAGGACGACGAGGGAUCGGACAUCUACGACCUUCUGUUACAGGCAGGUGUGAAGGGGUCAAAGGGCACGAAUGAUAGAGUUUCAUCCUUUAUUUGAGGUUUUUCACAUUAAAAGCUUGGUUCCUCCCUUUUCAAGAAGACCUUUAAUGUGAAAAAUAGGCAGGAAGAUGAUGAAUUAGAGCUGUGGACGAUAACGAGACGACAGAUAAACAUGGAGUUUUCAGUUGAGGUAGAUGAAGAAGUGACUUGAAGGAGCCAAUGGAGAAUUCAUGACUUUGUUUCCGAGCUGUUUAAAGUUCAGUUCUCAGGGUUUGUCGACUUUCCGCAACAAAACUCUUCUUUUUUUAAAUCUGUCUUUUUGUGCCUUUUUUUUGGCACCUUUUGGACAGUUAUAAACACCUGAGUCAGAGCAGGACGUCCACGUCACUGUGACCUGAGGAAACAUUGGAGGAUGUAAGGAGAAGACUUUCGUGUUUGGUAACGUUUUAGCUUUUACUCAGACUUUUCUCAACUCGUCUCUACAUCGUCUCUGGUUUUGGACAAAAACAGACUCAAAGUGACGACCUCUGCACGGUUACUUAAACUGACCACAAGGUGGAGCUGCUGCCACAUUAGGAUUACACGCUGAUCGUUAUUCAGUGGUUUAAUGUCGUGGACGAUCAGUUUAGAUUUCAGCUCUUUACUUUGGAUGUUUUUGGAUUUAAUUAAAGGACAAAUGUAUCUGGAACAAACACUAUUUUAUGUUUAAUUCAUUUCCUGUGGAUCAAAAAUGAAAUGUUUGCCGAUUUUUAUAUUUUUGAUUUAUGUCUGUUUGGAAUUUACACGUGAAAACUUCAAUCAAAUACAAAUUUACCUCUUGAAAAGAAGGAGUUGAUAUUUUCUGUCAGUUUCAGAGAACGUCAACUUAGAAAAAGAUUAAAUAAAAUCAAUCAAAACCUCAGUGGAUGUUCCAGAA